CAGUGUGUGUUUCAAACAACUGAAGGGGAAAAACAAUUAAAGAAGAAACAGUGAGUGAAAAUGCAGACAGGGAAGAAUGUAACGGUGUCUGCGAAGGAAGCGGCAGCCAACCUAGCGGCCUCCGCUAAGUCUGGCAUGGACAAGACCAAGGCCACCGUGGAGGAGAAGAUGGAAAAGAUGAAAGCCCAUGACCCAAUGCAGAAAGAAAUGGCCACACAAAAGAAAGAACUGAAGAAAACCCAGGCUGAGCUCGAAAAGGUAGAGGCGCGUGCCCACAACGCGGCAGCCAAACUGGGGGAAAAGGCUGGAGCUGACGCUCAUUAUACUGCCACCGGCGCCACAUACUCAACCACAGGGGCCACAGGCCAUCCCACGGGGACCCACCCGAUGUCAGCCUUGCCUGGCCAUGGCAGUGGGCAGCCAGCAGCACAAGUGACCGAAGGUGUGGUGGGGACGCACCCCAUUGGGACCAACACAGCUGGCACAGGAAGGACCAGGGCCCAUGAACCCCGUGUGGAAGGGUAUGGAACUGGCGGUGGCUAUACUAGCUAGUUGAAGCUGCUUUUGAGCAUGAAUGGAGCACAGUGAAAUGUCAUGUGCAAUAUAUAUUUAGUUAGUUUGAUGUUUUUGUAAUGUCUUUAAUUUAUCCGUCUGUUUGUGUUUUCCGGCAUAUAAGGUUUGUGUUUUCUGGCUGUACCUUACAUGUGAACUUUGUAGUCGGCUGUUGCAUUUGAAUAAAAAGACCUUUAAGUGGUUA